AAUUCAUUACCUGGGGAUACAAAAAGGGAAGGUGUCAGGAGCCCUGGUAGCACAGUGGUUAAAGUGAUCCACCGCUAAGCUAAAGGUCGUUGGUUGGAAACCACCAAGCGCUAUGCAGGAGAAAGACAUAGCAAUCUGCUUCCAUAGAGAUUUACAGCCUUAGAAGCUCAAUGGGGUUACUAUGAAUUGGAAUCCACUGGAUGGCUGUGGGUAAAACAACAUUUAAACAAUCAGGCGAUCACUUCAGAAAGGUUUUAGUUGAUGUUUCAUUCUUGAAACGUUAUUGUAUGGAAGCUCUAAUUAUAAUACAGAUGAGAGCAAUCCCCUUCUCCUCCAUUCUCCUUAACGCCUUAGGGUCACUGUAAUCACCUCACUCUGUUAUGUUGCAUGUUGUCUGGUAUAGUGUAGUUGUUCAUAUACUGAAGCCCCAGUGUUCUUAUUCAGCUUCUUACUUGAUUCAGCUCAAAGCAUUAGUGAAAUCCCAAUGCCAGUUUCCCAGUUAUUAAAGAAACGCACAAGUCUCAAGUGCAUCUCUCCAUACAUAUUUUUUUUACCUUUUAAAAUGACAUGGGGUCACAAGUGUUACUUUACUCGGAUCUUUUCGGAGAGCUUCUUUUUCUAUUGCUCCUUUUAUUCAGAGGCGUUGUAUUUGUGCUCAGUGUAACUGGACUUAAAGCUUGCCAAAAACUGAUGAGUUCUUCUUCCCAAGUGUUUGAGAAUUACAACUGACAACAGUGAAUCCCUAAACUUUUUUUCUUUCACAUGGUGGACAGAGUUCUCAGGCAGGCGGCAGUCUGGAGUUCAGAUAAGAGGGCGCCUCCUGUGUGUGUCGCGUGUGCACGCCCAGGGACAUCAGGCAGCAGUUGUCCGCCUUAGCAGUUUCACAAGACGAAGGUGAAGCGGAGUCUUCCGGGUCCCGAAUCCCGUACAGUUUUGCCUGUUCACAAAGUACGCUCUUCCACACUUCUCGUCCCGGCAGUACCCGUUUCGCGACGGCAGAGCCUUUAAGAAAGCGCUCCCAAAAGAGACAUUAAGUGUCUGUGGCUACCUCGCCUCCCACAUUGCAACGCUUGCUUCCUACUGGGGAGGGCUGGAAGGGACUCCAAGAUUCCCUGGUACAGGAGCACAGAGCUCUGCUACGCUUUAUCUAACCAGGAGGCUACAGAAGCACACACAACUCCGGCGGUGGCAGCACCUGCCGAUUUUCCGCUCUUCCCGGCUGGCUCUUCGGCUUGCGCCGCCCUACGCCUGCCCUGCACCCUCCGAACCGAGGCAAGCAGCCUCGCCUCUCCCGCGCUUCUCUCCAGCCCCCCGCACUGGCCUGCCUUUUAUAGGCCCCGCAGCCAAUCAGCACUAGCCUUUCCUUCUUCUCGCGCGACCGGCCAAUCGCCGCGCCCCUUGUGUAAUCUUCGUCUUCUCGGCUGCUCUCGGCUAUUUUCGCUGUUGCUGGCUUUUCAGGGGCUGCUUGCUCGCAGCCAGAGACGCUCCUUUUUUUUUCCGGGUUCGGAGCCGUUCCGGAUGCUUUAGACUGCCGGAUGUCUGAUCUCCGAAUAACUGAGGCGUUUCUGUACAUGGAUUAUCUGUGUUUUAGAGCACUCUGCUGCAAGGGACCACCACCUGCACGACCCGAAUAUGACCUGGUUUGCAUAGGACUCACGGGUUCUGGCAAGACCAGUUUGUUGUCAAAGCUGUGUAGCGAAAGCCCUGAGAACGUCGUGUCGACCACAGGUUUCAGUAUAAAAGCAGUGCCAUUCCAGAAUGCCAUCUUGAAUGUAAAAGAACUUGGAGGGGCUGAUAAUAUUCGGAAAUAUUGGAGCCGCUACUACCAAGGAUCUCAAGGGGUAAUAUUUGUAUUAGACAGUGCCUCUUCAGAAGAUGAUUUAGAAACUGCUAGAAAUGAACUGCACUCAGCUCUUCAGCACCCACAAUUAUGCACUUUACCCUUUUUAAUAUUGGCCAAUCAUCAAGACAAGCCAGCUGCUCGCUCAGUACAAGAGGUCAAAAAAUAUUUUGAACUUGAACCACUUGCACGUGGAAAACGCUGGAUUCUGCAGCCCUGCUCUCUGGACGACAUGGACACACUGAAAGACAGCUUCUCUCAGCUGAUAAAUUUGUUAGAAGAAAAAGACCAGGAAGCUGUCAGAAUGUGAAAUCUGGCAAAGAAAGCGGGUUCCCAAAAGGCCUUGAGCCUAUUGUGUUAGUUUCUCAUUUUAAUUUUAUUUUGGUAUCAAGACUAUAAUGGCUUCAGUAUCUAUUUUUCUCUAGUUAACUCAGACUCUCAUCUCUAUCUUAAAGUGAAUAUUCUGUAAACCAGGUGAUCAUCGGCAUUAACGUCAAGCACACACUACUGAGAGAGAAUUUAUUCUCUGUUUACCACUAAUUAUCUUCACCGCAUGUCUAUUCCUUCUGUUGUUCUAAGCAUUUCUUAUAUACUCUGUGCUAAAAUGGAUGGAAUUCAUGGCUCACAGAAAUCAAAUCCCUUAUGAAGGACUCCAAAAGACUCACAAGACCUUGACUAAUUUUCCCUGGGCUUGGGGGCGGAGUGUCCUGUGGCUGGAGCACCACACAAUAUGUGUAUCAUUUUUAAGAUCUCUUGGGGUUUUUAUUUUAUUUUUUAGUUUUUUGUAUACCGAUCUCAUAGACGAUGAGACAAAAAUGAGCACCAAAAACUUCAUUGAAUUACCUUAUCAGGAAAGAAUAUCCUGCCCUAGUAGAAUUAACUUUGAAGAAUUUAGAGACACGUAACGUUUCCUUGAUUACAUCUGAAGGCUCCCCUCCCUCUUUUAAGAGUAAAGACAUUGUUUUUGUUUUUUUGAGAGGGGCUAGAGGAAAUAUAGGCACAGUGCAUGUACCCCUGAUUACUAUUUGAUCAAGGCCUCAAAUAUUUUUUAAAUGGAAAGAUUACCCUGCGUAAAGUCAAACUGCAACAUUAUAUAGGUACCUCUUUCUAAAAAUCCUAAGUGUUUGAUUGAAACAGAGAAAAUAAUUUUUAAAAUAAUGGAUAAAAAUUUUAAAAACAGCCUAAAUAUAGUUUAAACUGACAUAGGGUUUAAACUGGCACAGAUUGUGACAAAGAUAUCAAAGACAGAAUCAUCUGUAUAUUUAUUCAUUAAGUGCUAAUGUAGUUUAAUGGAGUCUGUUAAUGCCUCCAUCUAGUAAUUAAAGGUCUAUCAGUGUUUCUAUUAUAAACCUCUAUUUUCAGGGGUUUCAGUGUGCCCUUAAAAAUGAGCUAGGGGCUGCAGUGAAUAAAUAAUUUUAGGGCCCAGGUUCAAUCUUUGGAGCUAAUUUUUUUUUUCAUUUGAAUUUAAAUGAUAAAAUUAUGUAGAGAUAAAUGUACAGUUUUACUAAGAUUUGAGGCCUUUGACCUUUUCUAAAUCAGUAAUAAUCUAUGGAUAUUGAAGUUUGUGGAUAAAAUACUCUUUGGCAUAUUUUGUAGACUUUUAACCACGUGAAAUACUAAGUGGCCAAACGAUAUAAAACUGCUCCAUACACCUGAGCAAUAAAAACAUGUUUGGAAUUUUUAGGUAGCAUGGACUGCUACCCAUAUACCGCAGACUAACACUGCAUUACAGGGUGACAUAAUACCUUGUUAAUCCUACAGAAGAUAUAUGUCAGAUCCUUAACGUCCUUCCAGUAUAGUUUUUGUGGUUUAAUCUCAUUGGUGGGUUUUGAUGAAAUCAUUACCUUUGAAACAUUGAACCCUUCUUUGAGGUUUUUUAAAAGUGGAGUGGAUCAAAAACGAUUCAUAGUGAUUCGUAUACAACUCUGUCUAUUGCUUCCCUGAAUGUUAUUUACAUUGUCAUCCGCAAGCAGCAUACAAGUUUUAUUCCAGUGACCAGUUACCCAUUAUCCUGUUGUGCUCAUCAUCUAUGAAAAAUAAAUGAUUACUAGGCAUUGCUUCCCCCACAAGUUCAUUAAAUGUAGAAUCUUGUCUUUUUAAGAUACUGUGGCUGAGUGCUCCAAGCCAUCUGUUAAAUGACUUCCCGUUCGUUGUCUGUGUGUGUGUUCAUGUGUGCUGCAGGGAUGGGCUUCUCAGACCCACGACUGUCUGCAAUGUCUCAGCCGUCAGAAUGAAAACAUUAUCAAUCAGUACCCAACAACAGCUGUUUUUGACAAGUUUCUGUCUGACGCCUAAUGCUUUACAACUGUCAAUAAGGCUCCUUCUUUGUCUAGCAGUUCGGAGCUCGCUGGCUUGCUGCUUCCUUGCCGCAUCCUGUCCUUGUAACUCAAGAAUUUGCCCUUUUUGGAAAAUCCACAUGGGGGCAGGGACCGGGACCCUGGA